CACAGACAAGCUGAUGAUUGAUUGGGGACGACAUCAGUGGGCAGAAGAGACCGCACGUUGCUCCCUAACAGAGAGAAUAACUCUCUGUAGCUGCAGCUUAUUUCGAGACAUUUAUGCCUUAAAAAAUUGCCUGUUUAAACAUUUCUGAGGGACCAAACCGAGAGGAUUUUUACCGUUUCAUCGUUAUCAUUACAUUUGCCAGGAUGAUAUCUGCCGUUUCCCUGUUAUUUCAUCUCUUCAUUCAGUUUGAAAUGUUUCAGAAGAAAAUAAACACCACCUACAUCAUCCCCUACCCAAGAGCUGCCAUUGUAACUCAACCUGUUGACAUACAUCACAACUUCUGCAAGUUAAAACCACUGUCCCCUGAGGAGACUCUUGAAGAACAACUUCUGCUAGAGUCCAUUGCUUGGCCUGAAACCCCAUCUUUACCAUCACCUCUUUUUAUGAACAGCAGCAGUGAUCCAGCCCACAGCACCUUCACCAUUCUCCCCAGGAAGAGAGAGGGACAGUGGCAAAUAGGGGAUAAACUGGAGGCCCUGAUCAAAAUACAUGACUUGAUGGGCCGUCCAAAGAAGUAUGGGGGAGACGUCUUACUUGCCCGGCUGCACAACCCCACCCUUGGUGCUGGUGUUGCAGGACAAGUGGUGGAUCAUCUCAAUGGUUCCUACUCUGCUGUAUUCUCUUUACUCUGGGAAGGAAGUGCAGAGGUUGAGGUGACACUGGUUCAUCCCAGUGAGGCAGUCACAGAGCUGCGCAGGGUGAACAUAGAAGAACCCGACAGGAUCUACUUCAAGAGUCAGUUCCGCUCGAGCUUGCUCACUAGAACAACCACCUGCAACGUAUGUUUACGUCCAACCGAACCUGUGUGCAACUACACAGAUUUACGUACAGGUGAGCCAUGGUUCUGCUAUAAGCCAGCAAAUAUGAGUUGUGACACCAGGACCAGCAACUACAAUGGAGGUUCUAAAGCAAGCCUGACAACCAUGGAGAAGCUUUUUCAGAGCGGCGUAAACAUGAAAGUCUCCAUUCCAGCUUCAGGACCUGCCAAUGUCACUGUUUUUCCAAAACAGAAAGGUCAGUUAGAGGUGAACAGCAGCAGUGUGGAGUCUGAACCCUCUGGCUAUUACUACCAGGGUGUGUGGCGAGCACUAGGUGGGACCACCGUUCAUCAGUUCAACACUUCCUCAGCCAUCACUCAGUGUCUGAAAGGAAAGCAGGUCUAUAUGUAUGGAGACUCCACAAUGAGGCAGUGGUUUGAGUACCUUAAUGCAGCACUGCCAGAUCUAAAGGAGUUUAACCUUCAUAGCCACAAAUCAAUCGGACCUUUAAUGGCCCUGGACUAUACAAAUAACAUCUUUGUGAUGUUCCGCGCCCACGGUCCUCCUAUACGUACUGUCAGUGUCCCAUCCAUGGAGCUGCAUUAUAUUGCCAAUGAGCUGGACAAUGUGGUUGGAGGCAGUAACACUGUAGUAGUUUUUGGCAUCUGGGCACACUUUGACACUUUCCCUAUUGGGUUCUACAUCCGUCGACUGAUGUCCAUCCGCAGUGCAGUGGUACGGCUACUGUCCAGGGCUCCAGGCACAGUGGUUGUCAUUCGGACUGGAAACCCCAAACCUUAUACAACAAUUCUUGGUGCAUUUGUCCACAGCGACUGGUACACUUUUCAGCGGCUAAAGGCACUCAAGGCUAUAUUCAAAGGAUUGAAUGUCCAUCUGGUGGAUGCCUGGGAGAUGGUUCUGGCCCACCACCUGCCACACAGCAUGCACCCAGAACCUCCAGUUAUCAAGAACAUGAUUAAUGUUCUGUUGUCAUACAUAUGUCCUCCAAAGGGCGGAUUCACUAGUCUGGCCGACCUCUUCAUUUUAGGUUUGACAGCGUUUAGUGGGUAAAGGUGAAUGCAAGGACAUGAAUUGAGCUGCGGUUUGGGGAAUGCCUCGAAGUGGUUUGGCGAUGACUCCCGGGCCUGGCAGAUCCCCAUGCACUGAAUAAGUGUGAAGAAGUUAAAGAAUUGAGAACACGGAGGGAGGGUGAGGCACGUAAACAAGAAUGAACAGCUUGCAGAACUGGGGGAUCAGAUGACAACCGUAAGGAGCGUGUUUGGAGGCGUGGUCCCACUCCUGAAAUUCUGAUAGAUAAUCUCCAAUAGAUGUGUUUCAGGACUCCAUUUAUAAACAUAUUCAAUUCUCAUCUAAUCUAUCUUCUUCACUCUUCACAGUGCAGUUUAUGAAGACAUUACUCCAGUUUUCAUAUUUCCACUGUGAUGUCAACUGUUGCAUUCUCUUAGACUUCAAUUGGGGCUUUUUUAUUAGUGCUUUCAUACUUACAAUUCAACAAUUCUGUUAUCCCUUUUAUAUUUUCUGUUUCUUUCAAUAUUCAUAAUAUUAAAUCAAAAUCGAUUUUAAAAAGCCAGUUUCAAAAACAUAAAAUAGUAACAUGAGGGGGUAAAAAUGAAAAACAACCAGCAAAACUGACAUGUUCCAGUGUGUUCCUAAGAUGGGAAGAACCUGAAAUAUUAUGCUGUCUCUAAAUGUGAUUUCAUGUAAUUAUGUGUUUCCAUCGUGCAGGUCAACCAAUUAGAUCACUCAGAUUUGGUGCUUCACUGAAGAUUCAACCCAUUAUUUUCCUUUUAAUAGGCCUAGUUGUCAGUGUGGAGAGAGGCCGGUAAGGAAGCAGACCAAAGUUAUCCUCCAAAUCUGUGUCAAGAUGGCUUACGUCCAUCCAGCUGGUUAUUAUGGUUGACUGCCAGCCCUGAAUUUGUUUCUUGAUUUUGCAAAAUUUUGUAAUUCUGUGUCUGAGAAUGCCUCACACACUUUCCACAUUGCAGUCUGUUUGGAAACCAAAGUGUUUUUUUUCCUAUUCACUGAACUUAGCUGGAGUGAACUGGUGAUUACUAAAGAAAAUUAUUUUUUUCUAAAUAAACUGAAGGAUCUCAGACAUGAUUUGUUGAGACUUGACUCGAGUGUGAAGUAGUUUUUCCUUUCUUCUUGCAUUGUGCUUGCUAAUUUGUGUCUGAAAGGUGUUUGGAAAAUGUCACGUGGCUAUGUGGUGCAUGAAAUAUUUGGAGAGGUUGUCCUGAGUUGAUUAUCUUUUUUAAAAUCAUUUUCAUAAUAUACAGAUAGAUACUGAUUAUUGUUACAUUAGCUUGCCAAAUAUGUUCAGAAGUGAAGUUAAAUAAAUAAAACUGCUUUGAAAAAAAAA